GUGUUUCAGUGCUAUUUGAAUCGUUCGCAAGCGUUGUCGCAUAAUUAAAUGUGUGAAGAUAUUUUUUUAUAUCGGUAGAACGACAGAAGAAGGUUUUUUUUUAUUCACGAUUGAAAUAUCAUUUUUGAGGAAAUUUUGAAGUAGAGAACAUUUGAUUGUUCGCAAAAUGCGAACGAACGACGCCAGUAAAAAACCGUUCAAAAAAGUUAUUGAAUCUUGUUUAAAUUGAGACUUCAAUACGAGACGUUUGUUGUUGUGUACGCAUUUGGUGAUGGAAAAAAAAUAAAGUGUGUGGUUUUUAUGGACUUUUAUAAAGUGCGUUGCAUCGCCAGUCACAACAAGAACAGUGAGAAGAUUUGACAGUUUUUGAUGAAAAAACUCUUUUUUAAACAUUGAAAAAAGUAUCAAAAAUCCGCAGUAAUAGAAAAUAAUCUAAAAUGUCACAAACAUGCUCAGUUUCAUCUGAAUCGGGCAGCGGUGAAUUCAAUCCAAGUCGGCGUGAAAGAGCAUGGGAUGCAUAUUGUUGGAUUUGUCAUGGCAACGAUGCGAAAAUUCAAUGUUCAACGUGCAUACGAGCGUAUCACAAACAAUGUAUUACAUCAAAAGAUGCCACUCAACCAAAGUCCGGAUUUCGUUGUGAAGUGUGUAUUCGAAUGAAAACGGCAAUAGAUGACUACGCCAAAAGAAAUUUUAAGAUGGAAAAGAUUCACACAAUGUUGGGACAUAUCACGGAACGUUUGCUGGAAGACAAUGAUUUCAGCUGUUUAGGAACGUCAUUUUCAAAACUACGAAAGCCAGUGACAGGCAGUGGCCCAAAUAUCAUCAAUCCAUUUGAUUUAAGCAUCAUCGCGGAAAAGGUCGAGGAACAACGUUACCGAACAACGCUGGAAUUUAUCAGUGACAUCAGGUGGAUUCGACACAAUGCAGAAAUUGUGCUAAAAGAGAAAGAUCCCCGUUUGGCCGAUGCUCGUAAAAUGGAUGACUUGUGUGAAAAAGAGAUUUAUGACAUUGAAAUGUGCGAUGAAUGUUUUGGUCGUGCUAAUACUAUGGUUCAGUGGUUUACCCACGUGUGUAAUAAUCCUCCGCAUCUCCCCAUCUGGGCCCGAUUGAAAGGUCAUCCCUAUUGGCCGGCUAAAGUAAUGGGCUUCACUGACCAGAACCAUAAGAAAAUUGAUGUGCGUUUUUUUGGAAAACAUGACAUGGGAAUCGUUGAAACCAGUGAUUGUAUCCUCUUCUCAGACAAUCCAAAUAAACUUCAAGAACGUGACCGAAAGAAAAUGGACAAUGCCAUUCAGGAGGCAAAAAAGUACAUCAAGAACAUCGAGCGAAAGUAUUCAUGCAAAUUGGUAAAACCAAAAUCAAAAUCAUCAUUCGAUGCCAAUAAAAUUGGUGCGCAUUUAAUGGAAAUGAUACCAGGUCUUAAUCUGCCGAAAAAUUUUAAACUAAAAACAAAGCCGGAUUACUUGCGAAGAUUGCGACGUCGCAAAGCACCCAAUCCAAAAUCGGUGAAUUUGGAUACUGAACAUUCAUACAUUCAAGAUAUUCUUGGUAAAUAUUCCAUUUUGCAUUGUUCGAUUCGUUUGGAAAAAUGUGACAAUAUGCUGAAUGUUCAACAAAUUGAAUUUAUCCGAGAGAUCAAUUCGAACUAUUCGAUUUCAACUGAACGAAUAAAUAAAAGUGAACCGAAUACAAAUGAAAAUAUACCUGAACUACCAAGCGAUGAACAUGAAAAAACAUUGCAGAAUGAAGGAGACCAGCAACCUUGUCAAAUACUCCCACAUCAAUGUCAUGAGGAAAAUGAUGAAUUGGUGAUCGACUCCGUAAAUGACAAUCAAAAUGAUCACAAACAUAAUAAUAAUGACAAAAAGAGAAGUGCAACCGCAGUAGCUGAUUGUGAAGCACGCCAUACAUCGCGAGUGGAAGAACCACAUGCCAAACGUCUUUGCAUUGAAGAAGUUGAAAUAAAUUCGGAAUUGAAUGAGACUACAGAUGACAAUUUGCCCCGUGAUCAGCCAGCUGUAGAAUCUCCAGCCAAUUUCAAACCGAACAAAGUAUCAAAGGAACACAGUAUUACUAUACCAUUGAAAUCAUUACGUAAUAUUUUUACCCGAAAGGCAUACGGUACAUUGCAUAUGCAUAAAUAUAUUCGAAACAAAGCAACUGACGAUAAAAAAAUCAAAACCGGUGAUGGUAUUGUGCCAAAAACCGAUUCAUCUCCUGACAAAAACUCACAAAGCAACAUGGAUUCUGAAUUGAGCGUUUCUAACGAAAUGGACACUGAGCCAAUGGAAUCGGAGUGUGAGUCGCUCUCACCAGAAUCUCCAGCCGUACAAUUUGAAUCGCCACGUCCAGACACACCACUUGGUAUUCAGGCUGAUACUGUAUCAGAGUCUCAACUCGAAGAUCAAUUGAUUUCACCACGUCCAGACUCACCGCUUGAUAUUCAGGCUGAUACGCAAUCAGAGUCACAACUCGAAUUUCCAGAUGAGUCGCCAAAUCAUUCUGAAUUAAAAGCGAAAGAUACACCUGAAUUUCAUACCGAGCAAAAGCAAGUCACUUCAUCGAACGCACAAACCACACAAUCCGAAGAGAUCGCAUCAAAUGCCGUGACUGAACCUCAAAAAGAAGGAAACAACGAACAAAUCGAAAUUCGUCCAAACAAUGAUAGUUCAACACAAGCCGUUCAAACCAAUCAAUGUUCCGAGAAUGGAAUUGCGGCCAAGCCGUCUUUGCCAAAGAAAGAACACCAAUUACAUAAAGCCCUGAAAUUUCAUCAAAACAAUUCAACCAAAUGGCAAGCGGAAAAUUUAAUAUUAAAGGAAGUAUUGAAUCAAAAAACCCGACGAAUUCAUCAACUGGAAAAUGAAGUAAAACAAAAGAACGAAGCAAUAAACAACUUGAAGCGUCAGUACAUUAUGUUUAAGGCAGAUCAUGAUAUACAGUUGCAAAAGGCAAUUCAAGAAACAAAAAAGAUGGAAUGGUGUCCAAUUUGCAAAAAGGAAGUGAAGAUGUCCCAAAUGCAAACUUGCAGUAAAAAAUGUUUACUUGAUUUGUGGAAACAAAAUGCCAAUGAAUCAAAUUGAAUUUGACGACGCAGAAAACCAUACUAUGUAACCUGAUCAAAAUGAACAAAAUCAAGUAAAAUAAGGAUCUCCUAGUCAGAGGCUAACAAAACAAAUGUAUAUUUUUGGACGAUGUGACCGACCAAUUAUUAUGGAAAUAAUAUCAAUUAAGCAGUGAUCAUUGAUAAUUAUUUUAAGAGAAAAAACUCAGUAUUUUAGUUUGUUUAUGUUCAUUAUUUAAACAUCAAUUUGUUCAGAAAAUUGAUAUGUGCCUUCACAUGAGCAAAUUCUAUUCAUUUUUUUCUCAAAAACAAUGGAAAUGUUUUUACCGAACUGGAAUUGAAUAAAAACAU